GUUUGGGUCCCCGGAAGUCGGCAACUCAGGUCUCGAAGCCGACCUCUCUCUCAUCACGAUUCCUUUCUUGAAAGUUGCAAUAUCGUUUGUUUCCUUCUCUGGCAGGCAAGUAGUCUCUCCUUUCUUCAUUCCCACUUCAUAGUUUAUCCUCAAAACGAACAUUUGUUGCUGCCGUAACUGGAUCUGAUCGGAUCGAAUUGGAAUUCGUUCGGCAUGGAGAAGCAGAAGGACGGCGUUUGCUCGGCGGAGUCUGUCGUAGAUGGGAGCCUCCAAGUGUGGAGUUGUAAGAACUCCGAUUCUUCUUCAGCCGAUCACAUCGUCGUUAUGGUCCAUGGGAUCUUGGGAAGUACGGACGAUUGGAAGUUUGGAGCUGAGCAAUUCGUUAAAAGGCUACCUCACAAACUCUUUGUUCACUGUAGUGAGAAAAAUGCAUCGGCGCUUACUUUAGAUGGUGUGGAUGUAAUGGGCGAGCGUCUUGCAUCUGAGGUCGUUGAAAUUAUUCAAACAAGGCCAAACAUUCGUAAAAUCUCCUUUGUUGCUCAUUCUUUGGGUGGGCUUGCUGCAAGAUAUGCAAUUGGGAAACUGUACAAACCACCUAUUCAGCAAGAUUCUCCAGGAGACAGUAGUGAAGGCACAAUAUGUGGCCUAGAAGCUAUGAACUUCAUCACUGUUGCUACACCACAUUUGGGUUCGAUGGGUAAUAGACAGGUUCCGUUUCUCUUUGGUGUUUCUUCCUUUGAGAAAGUUGCAGGUCUCGUCAUUCACUGGAUAUUUAAAAGAACGGGACGUCACCUUUUCUUGAAAGAUGAAGAAGAUGGAAAACCGCCUUUGCUUCGACGCAUGGUCGAAGAUUCCGGUGAUUGUUAUUUCAUAUCUGCACUGCGCGCCUUCAAAAGGCGGGUGGUUUACUCAAACGUGGGCCAUGAUCACAUCGUUGGCUGGAGGACGGCUUCUAUUAGACGUGACAGUGAAUUGCCUAAGUGGGAAGAUUCUCUGGACGAGAAAUAUCCACAUAUUGUUUACGAAGAACUCUGCAAGUCAUGUGAUGCUGAGGACGUACCAGAAGGAGAAAAUCAUUCAAACGACAUUGAAGAAGAAAUGAUCAAAGGCCUCUCCUCUGUCUCAUGGGAAAAAGUUGAUGUUAGCUUUCACAGUAGCAGGCAGAGAUUCGCUGCUCAUAGUGUUAUACAGGUUAAAAGCGAAACUAUGCAUAUAGAAGGAGCAGAUGUCAUAGAGCAUAUCAUCGAUCAUUUCCAUGCCUAAAUCGGUAUAAUUUUCAUCACCCACGAGUCUGGUGGGACACUACAACUAAGGACUGAUUGCAGGUAGCAAAACGUCAAUUAUGACCAGUUCACUUAAUACAUGAUGUUAGCAACAAAGAAAAUUUUGUUCAAUUCAAUUGUAUCAUGUAUUCGUGGAUGUUAUGCAAUGGAAUUAUAAAAUAGCGUACUUAAAAAUGAAGUUUUGUGCCUGUAUAUUCGUUCUACUUCAAAAAUAUUCC